AUGGUGAACAAGUCUAGGAAGGAUUGGUCCCUCAAGCUUGACGAUACACUUCGGGCCUUGCGGACGGCGUACAAGACUCCAAUUGGUACAACCCCCUAUUGGUUGGUCUAUGGGAAGACUUGUCAUUUGCCGGUUGAGUUGGAGUAUAAAGCUUGGUGGGAAUUCAAGGAGCUUAACAUGGAUAUGUCGUUGGCCGGUGAGAAGAGAUUGCUCAAGCUCAAUGAACUUGAGGAGCUUCGAUAUGAUCCCUACGAGAACUCAAGGCUAUACAAGGAGAAAACCAAGAAAUGGCACGACAAACAUAUAAGGAACAAGAUCUUCACGGUUGGAGACAAGGUGUUGUUGUUCAACUCUAGGCUUCGUUUGUUUCCCGGAAAGCUCAAAUCAAAAUGGUCUGGGACUUUUGUGAUUUCAAGGACUACUCCUUAUGGGUCUUUUGAGUUGGAGGUGGGUGACAACAAGUUCAUGGUUAAUGGCCAUCGUUUGAAGCACUACUUUUGCAAGGAAGAAGUUGGUUUGAUUGAAUGUAUGAGGCUUGAUCUGAUGGAUCUUGAGCCACCCUUUGGAUGA